AUGGCAACCCGGAAAGUCCGAUACAAGAAACUCAGCAUAAAAACGGCACUGCCUGUUUUGCGUGAGGAUCAGGUCGACCCCAGCGAAUAUGAAGCCCUCACCACCGAGACACAAAUCGCGACGGGUGUCGAGCAAGGCGAAGAAAAUGUCGCCCUGCAGGGCACGUCUUCGGCGGCCGUCAAGGAGAUCCCCGUACCGCCGCCUAUGGAGAGCGACAUCAACUAUGAUGCGCUAUAUGCCCGAAAGUUUCAGCAACCGGUCAACUACAUCCGAUUUUCGCAAACGGUAGAAGAAUGCAUCGGCUGCCAGUAUGACAUGACGGAGGAGGACGACGAGUUUCUAAAGGGUUACAACAAGAAGAAGCCCGCCAGCCAACAGCUCUCCGAGGACGACUUUGAGCAGAUCAUGGAGGUCUUUGAGGACACGGCAUCCGUCGCAACGCCAUUUGCGUCGGUGGACAAGACCAUCGUGCCCUACGACCACAUGGUCGGCGGCCUUCAUGAGCUGCAGCUGCCCAAAGUGAUGAACCACGCCAAGGACAUUUAUGAAUUCUGGAAGUCACGGCGCAUCGACGUGGGCGGGCCGCUGCACCCGUCUCUCAAGUUCGAGACACACCAAGAGACAGAUGAGAUGGAUCCCUUUGUCUGUUUCCGCCGGCGUGAGGUGCGGCAAACACGCAAGACGCGCGCGCGUGAUCUCCAGAGUGCCGACAAGCUCAAAAAGCUGCGGCGCGAACUCGAGGACGGUCGACAACUUGUCAUCCUGUCGCACGAGCGUGAAGUCCUCAAACGCGACCUGUUGCUCACAGACCGCGCCGUAUACGAGCAGAGGGCGAAGUUGAAGCUCAUGAAGGUCCGGCUGGGGAUCCGGACCGACGACGAGGAUCUAGUCCACCAAAAGGUAAACCCUCUACCGCCCACCGUCCCUUAUAGUACCCACGGGCGCAUGUCGCUAACCCAGCUGCAGCCUCAAAAGAAGAAGGCGCCCGAUUUGUCGGUUGCACAGCGCAAUGCCGCCGCAGCGCAAGUGCGCGCAGCCACGCGCCCAGACAACCGGCAGCCAGAAAUGGACCUCGUCCUAUUGGCUGAUUCGCUUGUGGAGAGAGAGAACGAACUGCGCGCAGACGUCAUCAAACGGAUCGAGAACCACCGCCGGUGGAACGAGAACCACGUUGACCUGACCAGCGAGCCUCUUAAGCCGCUCAAGGACCGUAAUGAGGGUGCUGGUUUCCGCCCUGCCACGACCCAGUAUCUGAUGACUCCACCGGCCUCCGAGACGUCUCAAGAGGACGAACCCGUGCCGAUGGAGCUCGAUGAGCCGGAGUCAGCUGCCGUUUUCACGUUCAAGGGUCUGUCGACGCCGCCGUAUGGCCAAGCACAACCCCCCGGACACCAAUUCCGGCGCCGCAUUGGUCGUCUCAACCGGCUGUGGAUCGACCGGAGGAGGAUUAUGGUCACUCCACCUCCGGAGGCGCCCGGUCAGUUUGAGAGCCAUUCCGUGGACAUGGGGGUCGACCCAACCCCCGAUCGUUGGAAGUACGACCAUGACGACAGCGAGGAUGAGCCGGACGUGUAUGAGGUUGAUCCGUACAGCAUCCAGGCGCUCAAGUACCGUGCGUCUCUCCCAUUCUCUCUCCCGUACCCGUUGCGUCGGCCAGACGCCCAACCCAACGCAGGGCAGAGGACGAAUGGCGUACCACCAGGGGCAAGGCAAACAAUCCAGCAACGCCCGCACGCAGCACAACCCGGAGCAGCGUCUGCAGCCCAGGCCACUGCGUCCUCUUGA